UACACAUAAUUUAUAUGGAAUUGUUCCAUUUUCAAGUUCAGGCAACAAAAAAUCUGCAACAAAAUCUUGAUCUCGAUAAGCUUAUGGACAUCAUUUAAAUGGAUUCUACCUUAUCCAACUCAUCCUCAGUCACAAGCCACAUACAACUUUUAUGAGAAUAAAGCCACAUUUUUAUUUUCUUCUGAUACUUGUAGUAAAGAGCGACUAAACCUCCAAGAAUUAAUCCCAAAAGGGCUGUGAUGGUGCUUAUAAUUAUAACAAAGAUAUUGUCAUCGGAACAUAGAUCACUGGGUUUGAGAACAUUGAAUUUUCGUCCAUCCUUACAUUUAACUUCGCUGUAAUCUAAAAUCUUUUGUCGAAAUUUUUGAACAAAAUUCAUAAAUUCAAGACUUUUACAAUCACAUUGCCAUGGAUUGUUGCUCAAGAAAAGCUGUUCGAUGUAUGAACUAUUACUAAUGAAUUUAAUAACUGAAUCGUUAAGUUGCUUUAGGUUGUUAUCUUUUAAAUUAAGAACACGAAGAUGAUUUGGAAUAUUUUCAAUCAUAAUAGAUGAUAUUCGAUUCCCGUUUGCAAAAAGUUUUGUCACAUUGCUAUAACCAGGAGACUUUGAAAUUGUUGGUAAUUUUGUCAAAUUGCCAUUUCCAAUGUUCAAUUCAGCCCCCACAAAGUUCGUAUCAGUCGCAAUUGGUAGUUGAUUUAUAUCAACUGUAGUUGUGCAAUGUAUUAAAAGGUGUCUAUCUUCGGGUCUGGCUUCACAACUGCAACCAUUU